AUGGCCGUGGACGGUGAAGCUGCUGAAGAUAAACGGAGGCUUCUCGGGAUGCGGGCCCCCAUGCGGCAGCCAGGAUGUUCGACUCUGCCUCUUCCAGUGACUCCGCUAAGGCGAGGAGGAGCGGUGACAACAGCAAGUAGCACGAAAAGCAUUCCUAGAAGCGGAAGGGUACGUUUACAGCCAGGACAUUCUGCUUUAGACUGGCAAGCGUUAUCGCAAUCUCAUGGAUCGCGAGGCACGUUCAUACAUGGACUAGAUGCUUCUUCCAAGUGGUGGGAUUACUUUAUGGUGCUCCAGCACCCCGCAUCAGUGAAGCAACUACAGAUGGGGGUGCCGACAUAUCGUAUCCAGCCGCCGCUUAGAGUUGAUAAAAUGGUGCUAGAGUCCACGAAGGAAAAUGACUGGUGUGUGCUUAAGGGGAGAGUGUACUGCAUCACUGAUUACCUGGACUUUCAUCCCGGAGGCGUACAAAUCUUGGUAAAGAACUGUCGGGGGAAGGAUGCUACAAGGCUGUUUGAGAAGUAUCACCGCUGGGUAAAUUUAGAGCAAGUCCUUGCAUGUUGUGUGGUUGGAGUUUACGUGUCAUAG